UGACCUCAGGGAGUCUGCCUGUCACAGACUGUGCGCCCCGACCAAUGAGGGGCCGGCCCAUGGUUGCUAGGAUACGGAGUCAAGGUCUGAAAGUACCGGUUGCCUUGAGAGGAUGGGACCAGCUGACUCAUCCCGCCGCAUCUCACCCCACUGCAUCUCAUCUCACCGCAACUUAUCCCACCGCACCUCAGCCCACUGCACUGCAAAGCAAGGCCUCGGAGACAGCGGGCUCAACGGUCAGCAUGCCAAGGAAAAGGGGCCGUCGAAGGUCGUCUGGCCGCUCCCACAUCGCCCUUGUCUUGCUGUCUUUCUCCGUGAGCCACAUGAAGUGCCUCCUGCGGGAAGGCCACUACUCCCAGCGCCUGAGCUCUUCCGCACCCAUCUUCCUAGCAGCCAUCACGCAGCACCUGACUGCCAAGGUCCUGGAGCUGGCAGGCAAUGAGGCCCAGAACAGCGGUCAGAGGCACAUCACCCCGGAGCUGGUGGGCAUGGCGGUCCACCACAAUGCUCUGCUCAGCGGCUCUUUUGGGAUGACAACCAUCUCCCUGGUGGCCCCAGCCCGGCACUAG